AUGUUGAGUUUAAAUCUAGCCACCAAACAAGAAAAACUUGAAGCUGCAAGGAUAGAAUUGAGAAGAAUUCGAGAAGAAGAACGAAAGAAAAGGAUCUUCAAUCCGAAAAAGCGGCAAAUUGGUGUGGAUCUUAAUACUCUACAAAAACAAAUAGAAGAAAACAACAAAAAACAAGAAGAAGAGCAUAAACUAAACGAACUCUAUAUAGAGUAUCUGAGAGAUGCUGAAAGAGUGGCUUUGGCGCAGGAGGCCAAGGAAAAGCAGGAAAGAAUCAAAAUCGAACAAGAAAUCAAUAAAUUUCGACAAAACCAUCAAAAACCAGAAUGUAGGCGGGAAUUUGAUUUAAACGAUCCAGAAUUUUUGAGAAAACAAUUACCACUAAGAGUUGACGAUGAUGAUCCAAGACUUGGUCCUUCAUCUGCACAAAGAUUUGAUGGUGAAGACUUAUCAGACCAGAAAAGGCUCGCCGUUCAAAGGGAAGAAAUGCGCGCGAGCCUGGAGCAACAAAUGAUGGAAAAGGCCAUGGCCGAAGGUCAGCGCAAGAUGGCGGAAGAAGCGUACGAAAACGCUGUCAUAACCCGCGACCAGCGAGCAUUGGAACUGAGCGGAAUGGAAGCCGAGUGCAGGAAAAAGUUGGAGCAGGCCACGUGGAGAUUUAACAGGGCUUUGUACGAGCAAAGGCGAUCUCAGGCGGAAAAAUUGGAGAAACAGAGGUUGGAGGACGAUUUAAAGGAAAUUUGUAAUGCUUUGUCUAGUGAUAUGUUGACGGAGAAUCCAGAGGUGGCGCAGAGUAACCUGGGGGCGCACAGAAAAAUUUCCUAUUUGUAUAAAGGAAUGACGGAUGAAGAGAAGGCGUUAUACAGGAAACACCAGUUGGAGCAAAUAAAGGAACGACAGAUGCAAAAGGAGCUAGAGAAAGAAAUGGAUAGACAGUAUUAUAGAUAUUUUACUGGUGUGCAAACGAAGAUUGGAGUGUUGGAUUUGGAGGAAGAAAUCAAUAAAAAGAAAUACGCUAAAACUUUGGAAGAAGAAAAUCUCAGACUUGCCAAAGAACAGCAGGAUUAUAAGAAGUAUAAAUUAACUUUAAUACGAUAUGAUAAGAGCAACUUAAAUAUUUAA